AAAAAAAAAUGAUUCUUUCCACAUUUCUGUUCUAGGUGUGAGGGAGACCCAUCAUGGCAGGUGACAUGAUGUUGGUGAUGCUUGGCUUGACCAAGCUGAGCCAGGCGGUAAUAGAGACUCAGGCCAACACACUGCGUAUUGGAGGAGCCCAGGCCAUGGCCCAGAGCAUGCAGAUGACUGCAGAGCAGAGCCUGGUAGUAGCCAUGCAGAAGAUGCAGGUGGGUAAAGCAGGAGAUGAACAGGGCUCUUCUAUGGGGGUAGUGGACAACCAUGUGAGCAAAGUCAGGCACUAGACCUGGGCUACUAUCUCAGAAGGGUCUCUUGUCACCCAUUCUGAUCGCUUCACACUUCUGUAGAUCAAAGUAGUAGUAGUAAAAAGGCAUUGGGUUUCAAGUGUAGGGUUGUAAAACAUGAUCUCUCAUGAGUCUCAUAUCAUGUAUGCAAGGUAUUGUUACAUUGAUUGUCUUUUUCAAUGUCAGACAACACCACCUCCAAUGGCCAGAUCUAAAAUGGAUGACAGAGCGUUACAUUUACAUUUAAGUCACUUAGCAGACGCUCUUAUCCAGAGCGACUUACAAAUUGGUGCAUUCAACUUAGGAUAGCCAGUGGGACAACCACAUCUUGAUCACAGUAAGUACACUUCUUCAAACAAGCAGCUGUGAGCAAAGUCAGUGCAAUCAGGGACAACUACAUCUCGAUCACAAUAAGUACAUUUCUUUAAACAAGUCAGUGCUAGCAGGUGAAAUAAGUCAGGUGUUAGUUUAGACAAAAUACAGUGGUAGUAAAGGGGGGGUAGAAGGAUUACUAUUAUACUAUUCGAGGUAUUCCUUAAAGAGGUAGGGUUUCAAGUGUCUCUGGAAGGUGGUCAGUGAUUCCGCUGUCCUGGCGUCGUGGGGGAGCUUGUUCCACCAUUGGGGUGCCAGAGCAGUGAAUAGCUUUGACUGGGCUGAGCGGGAACUGUGCUUCCGUAGAGGUAGGGAGACUAGCAGGCCAGAGGUGGAUGAACGUAGUGCCCUCGUUUGGUUGUAGGGUCUGAUCCGAGCCUGAAGGUAAGGAGGUGCCGUUCCCCUCACAGCUCCGUAGGCAAGCACCAUGGUUUUGUAGUAGAUGCGAGCUUCAACUGGAAGCCAGUGGAGUGUGCAGAGGAGGGGGGUGACAUGAGAGAACUUGGGAAGGUUCAACACCAGACGGGCUGCAGCAUUCUGGAUAAGUUGCAGGGGUUUAAUGGCACAGGCAGGGAGCCCAGCCAACAGCGAGUUGCAGUAAUCCAGACGGGAGAUGACAAGUGCCUGGAUUAGGACCUGUGCCGCUUUCUGUGUAAGGUAGGGUCGUACUCUGCAAAUGUUGUACAGCAUGAACCUACAGGAUCGGGUCACCGCUUUGAUGUUAGCAGAGAACGACAGGGUGUUGUCCAGGGUCACGCCAAGGUUCUUUGCACUCUGGGAGGAGGACACAAUGAAGUUGUCAACCGUGAUGGUGAGAUCAUGGAGCGGGCAGUCCUUCACCGGGAGGAAGAGCAGCUCCGUCUUGCCGAGGUUCAGCUUGAGGUGGUGAUUCGACAUCCACACUGAUAUGUCUGCCAGACAUGCAGAGAUGCGAUUCGCCACCUGGUUAUCAGAAGGGGGAAAGGAGAAAAUUAAUUGUGUGUCGUCUGCGUAGCAAUGAUAGGAGAGACCAUGUGAGGAUAUGACAGAGCCAAGUGACUUGGUGUAUAGAGAGAAUAGGAGAGGGCCUAGAACUGAGCCCUGGGGGACACCAGUGGUGAGAGCACGUAGUGCGGAGACAGAUUCUCGCCACGCCACCUGGUAGGAGCGACCUGUCAGGUAGGACGCAAUCCAAGAGUGAGCAGUGCCGGAGAUGCCCAACUCGGAGAGGGUGGAGAGGAGGAUCUGAUGGUUCACAGUAUCAAAGGCAGCAGAUAGGUCUAGAAGGAUAAGAGGAGAGAGAGUUAGCUUUGGCAGUGCGGAGAGCCUCCAUGACACAGAGAAGAGCAGUCUCAGUUGAAUGACCAGUCUUGAAACCUGACUGGUUAGGAUCAAGAAGGUAAUUCUGAGAGAGAUAGCAGGAGAGUUGGCUAGAGACGGCACGCUCAAGAGUUUUGGAGAGAAAAGAAAGAAGGGAUACUGGUCUGUAGUUAUUGACAUCGGAGGGAUCGAGUGUAGAUUUUUUGUGGAGGGGUGCAACUCUCGCCCUCUUGAAGACAGAAGGGACAUACAGUGGGGGGAAAAAAGUAUUUAGUCAGCCACCAAUUGUGCAAGUUCUCCCACUUAAAAAGAUGAGAGGCCUGUAAUUUUCAUCAUAGGUACACGUCAACUAUGACAGACAAAUUGAGAGAAAAAAAUCCAGAAAAUCACAUUGUAGGAUUUCUAAUGAAUCUAUUUGCAAAUUAUGGUGGAAAAUAAGUAUUUGGUCACCUACAAACAAGCAAGAUUUCUGACUCUCACAGACCUGUAACUUCUUCUUUAAGAGGCUCCUCUGUCCUCCACUCGUUACCUGUAUUAAUGGCACCUGUUUGAACUUGUUAUCAGUAUAAAAGACACCUGUCCACAACCUCAAACAGUCACACUCCAAACUCCACUAUGGCCAAGACCAAAGAGCUGUCAAAGGACACCAGAAACAAAAUUGUAGACCUGCACCAGGCUGGGAAGACUGAAUCUGCAAUAGGUAAGCAGCUUGGUUUGAAGAAAUCAACUGUGGGAGCAAUUAUUAGGAAAUGGAAGACAUACAAGACCACUGAUAAUCUCCCUCGAUCUGGGGCUCCACGCAAGAUCUCACCCCGUGGGGUCAAAAUGAUCACAAGAACGGUGAGCAAAAAUCCCAGAACCACACGGGGGACCUAGUGAAUGACCUGCAGAGAGCUGGGACCAAAGUAACAAAGCCUACCAUCAGUAACACACUACGCCGCCAGGGACUCAAAUCCUGCAGUGCCAGACGUGUCCCCCUGCUUAAGCCAGUACAUGUCCAGGCCCGUCUGAAGUUUGCUAGAGUGCAUUUGGAUGAUCCAGAAGAGGAUUGGGAGAAUGUUAUAUGGUCAGAUGAAACCAAAAUAGAACUUUUUGGUAAAAACUCAACUCGUCGUGUUUGGAGGACAAAGAAUGCUGAGUUGCAUCCAAAGAACACCAUACCUACUGUGAAGCAUGGGGGUGGAAACAUCAUGCUUUGGGGCUGUUUUUCUGCAAAGGGACCAGGACGACUGAUCCGUGUAAAGGAAAGAAUGAAUGGGGCAAUGUAUCGUGAGAUUUUGAGUGAAAACCUCCUUCCAUCAGCAAGGGCAUUGAAGAUGAAACGUGGCUGGGUCUUUCAGCAUGACAAUGAUCCCAAACACACCGCCCAGGCAACGAAGGAGUGGCUUCGUAAGAAGCAUUUCAAGGUCCUGGAGUGGCCUAGCCAGUCUCCAGAUCUCAACCCCAUAGAAAGUCUUUGGAGGGAGUUGAAAGUCUGUGUUGCCCAGCGACAGCCCCAAAACAUCACUGCUCUAGAGGAGAUCUGCAUGGAGGAAUGGGCCAAAAUACCAGCAACAGUGUGUGAAAACCUUGUGAAGACUUACAGAAAACGUUUGACCUGUGUCAUUGCCAACAAAGGGUAUAUAACAAAGUAUUGAGAAACUUUUGUUAUUGACCAAAUACUUAUUUUCCACCAUAAUUUGCAAAUAAAUUCAUUAAAAAUCCUACAAUGUGAUUUUCUGUAAUUUGCACAAUUGGUGGCUGACUAAAUACUUUUUUCCCCCACUGUAGCCAUCGGUCAAGGAUGAGUUGAUGAGCGAGGUGAGGUAAGGGAGAAGGUCUCCGGAAAUGGUCUGGAGAAGAGAGGAGGGGAUAGGGUCAAGCGGGCAGGUUGUUGGGCGGCCGGCCGUCACAAGUCGCAAGAUUUCAUCUGGAGAGAGAGGGGAGAAAGAAGUCAAAGCAUAGGGUAGGGCAGUGUGAGCAGGACCAGCGGUGUCCUUUGACUUAAUAAAUGAGAAUCGGAUGUCGUCAACCUUCUUUUCAAAAUGGUUGACGAAGUCAUCCACAGAGGGGGAGGAGGAGGAGGAUUCAGCAGGGAGGAGAAGGUGGCAAAGAGUUUCCUAGGGUUAGAGGCAGAGGCUUGAAAUUUAGAGUGGUAGAAAGUGGCUUUAGCAGCAGAAACAGAGGAAGAGAAUGUAGAGAGGAGGGAGUGAAAAGAUGAUAGGUCCGCAGGGAGUCUAGUUUUCCUCCAUUUCCGCUCGGCUGCCUGGAGCCCUGUUCUGUGAGCUCGCAAUGAGUCGUCAAGACACGGAGGGGAGGACCGAGCCAGGCGGGAGGAUAGGGGACAUAGAGAGUCAAAAGAUGCAGAAAGGGAGGAGAGGAGGGCCGAGGAGGCAGAAUCAGGAGACCGGAGGGAGAAGGAUUUAGCAGAGGGAAGAGAUGAUAGGAUGGAAGAGGAGAGAGUUGCGGGAGAGAGAGAGCGAAGGUUGCAACGGCGCAUUACCAUCUGAGUAGGGGCAGAGUGAGUAGUGUUGGAGGAGAGCGAGAGAGAAAAGGAUACAAAGUAGUGGUCGGAGACUUGGAGGGGAGUUGCAGUGAGAUUUAGUAGAAGAACAGCAUCUAGUAAAGAUGAGGUCAAGCGUAUUGCCUGCCUUGUGAGUAGGGGGGGGACGGUGAGAGGGUGAGGUCAAAAGAGGAAAGGAGUGGAAAGAAGGAGGCAGAGAGAAAUGAGUCGAAGGCAGACGUAGGGAGGUUAAAGUCACCCAGAACUGUGAGGGGUGAGCCAUCCUCAGGAAAGGAACUUAUCAAGGCGUCAAGCUCAUUGAUGAACUCUCCAAGGGAACCUGGAGGGCGAUAAAUGACAAGGAUGUUAAGCUUGAAUGGGCUAGUGACUGUGACAGCAUGGAAUUCAAAUGAGGAGAUAGACAGAUGGGUCAGGGGGAAAAGAGAGAAUGUCCACUUGGGAGAGAUGAGGAUUCCUGUGCCACCACCGCGCUGACCAGAUGCUCUCGGGGUAUGCGAGAACACAUGAUCAGACGAGGAAAGAGCAGUAGGAGUAGCAGUGUUUUCUGUAGUAAUCCAUGUUUCCGUCAGUGCCAAGAAGUCGAGAGACUGGAGGGUAGCAUAGGCUGAGAUGCCUUGUUGGCCGCAGAACGGCAGUUCCAGAGGCUGCCGGAGACCUGGAACUCCAUGUGGGUCGUGCGCGCAGGGACCACCAGAUUAGAGUGGUAGCAGCCACGCGGUGUGAAGCGUUUGUAUGGCCUGUGCAGAGAGGAGAGAACAGGGAUAGACAGACACAUAGUUGACAGGCUACAGAAAAGGCUACAAUAAUGCAAAAGAGAUCGGAAUGAAAUUAACUAAACAUCUGCGGAAGCGAGAGAGCGGGGCCUCCCUCGACUAACUUCCGCAGAACAACUUGGCAGAACUGUCUUUGUUUCAGGGACAGUCUUCGUUUUGGGGACAGCUGCCGCUGAACAAAGAGGUUGUGCUAAUACCACUAAGCUAAUUGCCUAGCACAAGUGUAGCCACUCCCCCUCCUAUUGAGUUGUAAUCUGCAGAGAACAAAAGAAGUGGCUGGACCUGCGUCCAGUGUGAAUGGGUAGCAAUCACUUCUUAAGCAGACUGGGUAGCUUACUAACUAUGACAGACAGACAGAACCAACACAGUUUACAAGUUAAAACAAUUCUACUUACAGAAUCAGUGUCAAAUAGCUUCCUAGCCUUUCUUUGUGCCUAAUUUAGUGUGAGCUCAACAAAAGAUUGAUUCAUAGAGCUUUGUAAUCUUAUAAUGGCUGCGUUACGGUCUGUACAGCUGACUGCAAUUUGUUUUUACAGCGUAGGAAUAGUCCAAUAGUAGAGAACAAAGCCCCCACUAAGCAUGGCCUGCUGUGGAUGUAAAACAGUUUGACUUGAGGCAGAUCAAUAAGGUGGCCCUUAGUUAGGGCCAAGAGUUUUUCCUGACCGCAUGACCUGACAUGGAAAAUAUCUGGGAAAAUAUCUUCGGGCCAUGAGUUUUUCCUGGUCAGGACAAUCCAGCGAAACCACUCCACAGUUCCUCAUUGACCUUCCAUAUCUGUUCCAGGAGUUUUGUGGGCAGCAGCAAAGUGUGUCUGAUGACUUCCCAGCAGACAUGGACAGCAAGUAUGACUUCUCCGGAGCAGAGGGGAGCAGCAUGGACCGUGGGGAACACGUAGGGUCAGGGUUCAGGGAAGAGGGACAAGGCUUCUCCUCAGAGGGGAUGGGGACCACAGACCGAGCGACCUGCGGGACGUACAACGGCCAGGCCUCAGUCAAAUCCAAGCUGUUUGAGGGCUACAAGAACCCCAACAGCCAGUUCUCAGGACAGAUCCGUUCCUACCUAUCCUAUAGAUCCUACCGCUCCUAUCACCAGGAUGGCUCGGGGGUUGGGGGCCUCACGGCCGAGGCCAUGGAGAAGGCCAGAGAAGCCAAGAGGAAUGAGAAACCACACAAACAAAUGGUACGUCUACACAUCUUCUCUCACUGUUACCUGUGUCUCAGAGAUGUACUGUGUGUGUAUGUUGUCUACCAUUGUGUUGUUCUCUCUUUGUUGUAGCUCAGUGAAAGAGCACGAGAGAGAAAGGUACCAGUGACACGGUUAGGGAGACUGGCUAAUUUUGGAGGUAAGGCUGUACGUUAUUUUGAUUUCUAAUAUGUUUUAUUAUUGCUGUGUAUUUGAAUUUGAAGUGCACAAAAGGCUACCAUUACAAAUGUCAAGUGUAUUAUAUUAUCUUUGGGUAGGGAAAGUACUGAAAAUGUGAUUGGAUCAGUAAGAUAUCGCUGUUGAUUACAUUGCUAUAAGUAUUAAGAACUUGAUCCUUUUAACUUGGGAAUAUUGAUUUAGUGGCAUCAACAUAAAGCUCUAAUGUCAAAAAUAGCACUUUAUUCUGUUUCUGGCUUGAGGUCACCUUUUGAUCCCUCAUUUCAUCCAGACAUUACAUUAAAGGAAAAGUCUUAUGCGACCGAUCCACACAAGGCAAACGUACUCUUCUGCCAAAAAUAUUCAGUGACCACUAUUGCUGUAACCAGUGUCAAUAUCUAGAAAUAGAGCCUGUAUUUCGGCCUAUAUAUUUUUUUUACCCUAUUAUGUUACAUUAUGUCCCCUUCUCUCACUCAAGCCACCCGUGUACCAAAGUGUCCCACCCACAUGCCCCUAUGUUUCCUGUCUGUGUCUGCCUAACACAACCCUAGUGUACAAAACAGUGCCCGUCGGCUUAUCCUCAACUUGAUAUAUCUACUGCCUGUAUGCUGCAGGCCAGUGGGUGAAAGGUGGCCUGUGUGUCUUCAUCCUGUGAGUGAGUUGUCCUCUGAGACCUCUCCUCUCCCUUGACGCUGGGGUUAUCUGCACUUGACCAUUACAUUAGUAGGCAUUAGCAGAGCUCUUAUCAGAACUUCCGGAGCAAUUAGGUAAGUCCUGCUUAAGGCACAUCGAGUGUCGGCUCGGGAUUAUAACCAGACGUUCGGUUACUGCACACGCUCUACCCACUAAGCUGCCAGAUCUCAUUGUAGUAGAGAGAAACACAGAUUAGCUACGUGGAGUUUCUACUGCAAGGCAGCAACUUGCCCCUCAGAGCAACACAGGAGACGAUCUUGAUGAUUCAAAGACUAUUAGUGAAAAAAUAUCUGAAUUGGGCUGCCUGUGUAAAUGCAGCCACAGAGAGGGAAGCCUCUCUACCCUUAUCAACCUGACCUGUACUACACUAGUUUAAAGCUCCUGUUUGGUGCUGUGUGAAGGAGAUAUAUUUUGAUGGUUUUAGCAGGGGUCUGGGUUUAGUUACCAACAGGUGUUUGAAUUUGGCCCCUUGAUGACCUGUAGAUACUGUGUGUGUGUGUGUGGAGAAGAUAGGACACAAUGAGCUGUCUGUCAUGUAAGUGUUACCGGUCUCAGUCUGUAGCUGAGGUGGCCUGUAAUAGUAAAAAGAACGGACACAAGUUUACGUCUGCAAAGUUCUGGCGCUUUCUUUAUUCUGAAGAAUGUUUUUUUUCUUCUCUUGUUUAAUUGUCUAUUUUCUUGUUCGUACUUUUUAAAACAUUCACAUCAAACAAGUGCACACUUUAAAUUACACAACAUAAAUGCACUUUACCUGAAGCAGAAUUUUAAAAAAAUUACUGUAUGAUUUCACAUAAAAACCUAAAUGUAUUUCACGUUCAUACAAUAGAAACACUUAUAUAUGAAGACAAAAAUAACUGAAUGUUUUUCUAUAUACCGCUACCAAUAUAGAAAACUGACAAUACAUUCAGCUUUAAGAUAGUAGCACCUCCGUAAAAUCGUCUCUCUCUCACUUGCACCCGCACUGUCUGUACUAAAAGUCCACGCUCCAGACUGAGCGUGCGCGGCCAGUUUACCAGCUCGUGAGCACAAUUUUACACAAAACCAAUAAUAAGUGAAACAAACUCAGAAAUCCCUAACAAAUGGAUUCUUUAUAAAAUCUCCUAGACAAAAUCCAGUACAAGUAAGCUACUCAGUAAACAGUCUCUGUGACUUGUAAGUCGUUUUUACCUCAGCUAGCAUCAAGCUAACAUAUACUCUCAACAUAUUGUAAAUCACGUUCUUCUCUCACUCAGUUCGACACAAAACACCAAACCUUUCCUAAUGUGAUAAUACCUUGACAAAGUUGUUAAAUAGCAUGUUAUUGCAUAUUCUUUCGAUAUUAUAACAUUUGGAAGUUCUGUUACAUACCUGUAAUAGUAAAAAGAACGGACACAAGUUUACGUCUGCAAAGUUCUGGCACUUUCUUUAUUCUGAAGAAUGGUGCGCGCUGCUUUGCCAGAACUUGCUGUUUCUCCUACUACCACAGUGGAACAGCGCCAUCUAUUGGCCUGAUGGACUACUAAUGCUAAAGCAUGUAGAUAUACAAUUGAGAUUAAUUAAGACAAAUGCAUAAACAAAUUGGUUUAAUAAUAAUAAAGGGGUGUCUGUUUUAAGUGACUUUGUUUUUAACCCAUUACACUCUCCCCUCUUUUUGAUGACUCCUAUAGUCAAGUCAAUUUCUAGUCAGUGUCUAGCAUGACCAGACAAGUGGUGUUCCUUUGUGCCAGUAACCUCCUUGUAAAACUGGAUAAGUCAUCAUGUUUCCAGGCACCAUGUAAGAAUUGAGCACAAAUGCGUUUGCUCCUUAUGAUUGGUAUGUCGGUUGCCCCAGACUCUCAUAGCUAAACAUUUCUCUGGGCCUUCCAGUGCGCGUGGACCUUCUCACAGGUAAGUCUAACUUUCCAUUGACCUCUGGCCGCUGUACUAGCACAACAUCUUUAGAUUUACAAUUUUUAAUUAAUUAAGACAAAUACAUAAACAAAUUGGUUAAAAAAAAAUAAUAAAGGGGUGUCUGUUUUUAGUGACUUUGUUUUCAACCCAUUACAUAAGCACAAUGAUAUCUGAGCGUCCCACCACAUCACCUUGCUCUGAGCCAGUGGCUGUGAACAGGAUGAGGACAGAACGCUAUAGCUGUAGGGCAGCAGAGGCUGACGGAGUCAGAGCUCAUGUCAUGACAGAGAAAGGUAGGGGGAUUCAUAUGAGCAGCAUCUCUAGCCGAUAUCUGGUCCUGGGUCCUGCUGAUCUCUGGGACCUAGACUGAUCGAUGGCCUGCACUGCCCCAGCAUGGGCCACCUGUCUCUCUGCCAGCAUGCUGCACAUUUUGUCCCUGUUUGGGAGGUGAUCAGAUCCAUGCAGCGAGCCGAUACACAAGUGAGAGCAAAGCCACUCAGGAGCAACUGUUUACUUUGGAUUCAUACAUGUCCCUGACACCAUUACAGGGCCAGCUCCGGCAUUCUCUCUCUUUCAUGGGAGGUUGGGGGCGGGGACAGUAUUGACCAGUCAAUACCGUCCUUCAGCUGGAAGUUAGGGUUGCCAGGUUUGGUGGCAUUUGACUAACGUGAGUCUCAAUAGACAGACAUCUGCCAGUCCAGCACUCUGGAGCCCUAUUGGUUUGCUCUCCCUCCCCAAUAUGACCACAUCGCUCAGGGGAGUACCUAGUAGGACCCCCCAGGGCCCUCUCCUCCAGGGGAAAAGUGAUGUGCUGUCCCCUGAGGAUUGAACAUAAAUUGGUCUCAUGUUGAGAGAGUUGCUGACCGGCUAUCCAGUUCCUGAUGUCGGUGUACCGAUGCGAGGAAAUACCUAGCCAUGUAUGUUUCCUGUUCUGUUCUCUCCUGGUUGUUAUUCUGGGUUGGAACAUGGAUACAUUAAAUCAACAUCAUGUUCUCUGAGUUUCAGUUCUCUUUGACAGGUACACAUGCUUCAGAAUGCUUCCAUGUAGAGCUGUUUGUUAUUGUAGUCUUACCACGGAAGUUAGCAUACCAUGAUGUUCAAAAUGUGUCUAACCAGUACCCUGGUAUUACUGUCAUCUCCAAAACAAGCCAUCUAUUUUCCCCCCAUAAACUCAAUUCCCUAUUUCUGUAAGUUGAUAUCCAGGUGAGCCAGCAGCUUGCUGGUAUGUUGUGUCCCGCUGCUUUGUCCUAAACUAACUUGGGGGUGUGAAGCGGCGAGUGCUGUGUGUGACAUUGUUCAGAACCCUUGACUUUUCUUCCACAUUUUGUUACGUCAAAGCCUUAUUCUAAAAUUGAUGAGGGAAAAAAAACAAUCUACACACAAUACCCCAUAACAACAAGCAAAAACAGUGUUUUUUAAUACACUUUUGCAAAUUUUUCCAAACGAAACACUGAAAUAUCACAUUUACAAAAGUAUUCAGACCCUUUACUCAGUACUUUGUUGAAGCACCUUUGGCAGUGAUUACAGCCUCGAGUCCUCUUGGGUAUGACGCUACAAGCUUGGCACACCUGUUUUUGGGGAGUUUCUCCCAUUCUUCUCUGCAGAUCCUCUCAAGCUCUGUCAGGUUGGAUGGGGAGCGUUGCUGCACAGCUAUUUUCAGGUCUCUCCAGAGAUGUUCGAUCAGGUUCAAGUUGGGCUCUGGCUGGGCCACUCAAGGACAUUCAGAGACUUGUCCCGAAGCCACUCCUGUGUUGUCUUGGCUGUGUGCUUAGGGUCGUUGUCCUGUUGCAAGGGUGAACCUUCACCCCAGUCUGAAGUCCUGAGCGUUCUGGAGCAGGUUUUCAUCAAGGAUCUCUCUGUACUUUGAUCCGUUCAUCUUUCCCUCGAUCCUGACCAGUCUCCCAGUCCCUGCCGCUGAAAAACAUCCCCACAGCAUGAUGCUGCCACCACCAUGCUUCACCGUAGGGAUUGUGCCAGGUUUCCUCCAGACGUGACGCUUGGUAUUCAGGCCAAAGAGUUCAAUCUUGGUUUCAUCAGACCAGAGAAUCUUGUUUCUCAUGGUCUGAGUCUUUAGGUGCCUUUUGGCAAACUCCAUGCAGGCUUUCAUGUGCCUUUUUACUGAGGAGAGGCUUCCGUCUGGCCACUCUACCAUAAAGGCCUGAUUGGUGGAGUGCUGCAAAGAUGGUUGUCCUUCUGGAAGGUUCUCCACAGAGAAACUCUAGAGCUCUGUCAGAGUGACCAUCAGGUUCUUUGUCACCUCCCUGACCAAGGCCCUUCUCCCCCGAUUGCUCAAGAUGAGUCUUGGUCAUUCCAAACUUCUUACAUUUAAGAAUGAUAGAGGCCACUGUGUUCUUGGGGACCUUCAAUGCUGCAGAAAUCUUUUGAUACCCUUCCCCAGAUCUGUGCCUCGACACUCCUGUCUCAGAGCUCUACGGACAAUUCCUUCUACCUCAUGGCUUGGUUUUUGCUCUGACAUGCACUUUCUACUGUGGGACCUUAUAUAGACAGGUGUGUGCCUUUCCAAAUCAUGUCCAAUCAAUUGAAUUUACCACAGGGGGACUCCAAGUUGUAGAAACAUCUCAAGGAUGAUUCAUGGGAAUGGGAUGCACCUGAGCUCAAUUUCGAGUCUCAUAGCAAAGGGUCUGAAUAGUUAUUUAAGUAAGGUAUUUCUGUUUUUUGUUUUUUAUAAAUGUGCUGUUUUCGCUUUGUCAUUAUGGGGUAUUGUGUGUAGAUUGAUGAGGAAAAACAUUAAUUUAAUCAAUUUUAGAAUAAGGCUGUAACAUAACAAAAUGUGGAAAAAAGUCAAGGGGUCUGAAUACUUUCCGAAUGCCCUGUACAUGCCAUGGAAUGUGCUAGUUAGCUGUGAUCUUAAUUCUGUGCUGUAGAUCUGGAUUCCCCUCAUAUUCUCAGUACAGUGACACAUUACUCUUCUGUGCCCAAAUUCCUGUUUAGUGAAAAGUAGAGAUCUAUGGCAGAAAUAACACCAAGGGGUAGAUCCAGACAGUGUUGUAACUGCUCUGCUAUCAAUUCAACAUGGAAGCAAAAGGGUGAUUAUUCAAUGGCUACUGCCAUAAAAAAUAAAAACAGUGCUGCGGGAAAACAGUGCCCGACAGGCGGGGGCGAAGGACACAUAUUCCAUAAUGAAUAAUAAAUUGCUAAAUUAAUGCAUUAUGUUAAAAUGGGUCAUAACUUCAGGACACCAAAUUCUAAUUGUAAUCAGUCAGAAAAUGUAUUGAUUGAUCCAGAAGCGCAUACAGUGCCUUCAGAAAGUAUUUCUGCCACUGGCGUACUACACAAAACAAUACCCCAUAAUGUCAAAGUGGAAUUAUGUUCAUUGUUUUUAUGACAAAUUAAUUAGAAAUGAUUAAUUAUUCUGAUUCAUGCUGAACGGCUUUCCAUAUCUGGGAAAGGAUCCAUAUCAGGCAGCAGGUGAGCAAGUAUCGGAUAUUGUUUCUGAUCAGAUGGCACGGCUGUACUAGGUGAAAGGAAGAACUGUUGCUGUGUUCUGCAACAUGCUUGACUUGGCUGCUAUCAACACACGCGCGGUUGUUCAAGCAGUGCAUGAACAACACAAUGAGCAGGAGAGACUUCAUCAUGAGUCUGGCACAUGGGCUACGUGAGAGACCUAUGAUUCCAUGCGAGCCAUUGCGAGCCAAAUUGCGCACAGCUCCCGGGGAGGAGAAACUGCAAGCUGGGCAGAUGCACUCGGAACAGAACCCACGACACCCGUUUCAGCUGCAAGUGACUUGUUUGUGGGAAGUGUUGCAAUCAAGUGAAAGUGACAAAGAUUUGUGGUGACUGUUAGGACAAGGAGAAUGACUAAAUGAGAUCCAACUGUUGUGUGAAGACGCACACCAUACUGUGAGCAACGAGUGAGGCCACAAAUAAUGUGACCAAUAACUGACAAUAAUAUUUUUAAAAAUUCACCGCUGUCAUAUCAACACUUAUAUUCAUUAUAAUCCCAUUAUUGCUUUUGUGCUGAUUUUCACUAUUCACAAGCACGCUUGGAGCCUAUACUGAUGUUUAGGCUACUGAUAUCUUCUGAAAUGUUAUUAAUUGACCGCGUGUCUUGCUCAGGUAUUUUUAUUUGUUUUGUUAUAAAAAUAGGCUUUACUGUGUUUCAAUGCACAUGCUUUUUGUUUCAUAGUUGUAAUAAAGGCACUCCACGAAUAUAAUGGAUUUUUAAAAUUAAUUCUGUGUUACUGGUUUUUUGUUUUUACAUAUAGCCCACAGUAACAAACUAAUGAAAAUGUUUCUUUCAAAUAUUUACAUUUUAUAUUCUGUUACCUAACACCUUUUAUAAACACAACCAAAUGACAUUUGUACCAAGCGGUCCAAUGAGGCCUUUCUAAUUAAAUGUAUUUAUUAGGCUGGUGGCUAUUGGUAGUCCUCGAGGCCCAGCUAUUCUUUAGGUAAAGUCAGGGACAGGUGGGUUCAAUGUUUUUAUUGAAAUGAAGUUAAAUGUAACUGAAAGACUGAACUGAACUACAUCUGUGUCUUAAAUAGACUAGAGUGGCAUAAAUGACUGUUCCUAGAGCUAGCAGGAACUGAUUUGACCUGACUGAUGUGUCAUGGGGAAAGCAAAAGGCUGGGGGAAGCAAUUUACCCAAUGGGCUGUACUGUACAAUAUUGUAAUACAUUUUGGAGGGCACAAUAAUCUGAACGUUGUAGAUAGAAAGGUAUAGAGCUGGCACGAUUCCUUACGCUUCAUGACAGAGAACCAUGUCUGUUCUACACAAUAUAUUUCUAUCUGAACGUUCCAUAACGUUGUACCCUACUGAACAACCCAGAGCUUAACAUCAUGUUAUGACAGGAUGUGGUGUUUGAUUGAUUACACUGUGUUGUGUCCUCACAGGUCUGGCUGUAGGACUGGGUUUCGGAGCACUGGCUGAGGUAGCCAUGAAGAGUAUGAGGCCAAGUGAGGAUAACGAUAACUGUUUACCAGAAACUGUUUCCUACACUAACUGGAAGCGGGUUUAUGUUUGACAUUACGUGUACAUGCAUGCAUACUAGACACUUACCCAGAUGUAACAUGCACGCAAUGUCCCCUUUGACAUUUCUCGCAGGAUUUAACCAGUCUAGGAAUGACAUUGUAACCUUUCAUUUGCAUGCAAUGGACAAGGGCAUGAUAUGAUGAUGAACCUAUACAGACAUGCAGAGAGGCAUAAUAAUUAAUAUCAAAAUCAAUCAUUUGUCACUCAGCGUAGCUAAACACACUAGGCUAUAGUUCAUAGACUGCUAUAGUUAGGCUCAAUUGAGGUGUGUGGUCUUAGCGCUUACAAAGGGCCCUUAAUGAAAGGCUGUGCUCUGUUAGGGUUUCUAAACUCGUCCCUGGGCCCCCAGCACUACACAUCUGAUUCAAAUAAUCAAAGCUUGAUGAUAAGUUGGUUAUUUGAAUCAGCUGUGUAGUGCUAGGGCAAAAACCAAAAUUUGCACCCAGGGGGGCCCCAGGACCGAGUUUGGGGGAAACCCUGCGCUAUGUUACACAAGGCCUGCUGUAACUCACAGAGGACAGGUGAGGUCUCCAGCAGUCUUUAACGCCUGGGCCUGCAGCUGUCGGGAGAAGAAUUGGAACGGGCUGUUUAUUGAGCUGACCUUUCCAGCGCACUCUUAAAUUAGUCUUCCGCCAUGCCACGGUUGGACCGCUGGAGGUGGUGUGGCAGUCUAAUCCAGUGCCGGGGAGAUGGGGACAUUAUACAGCUAUUCACAGAGCCAUUUUCUCCUUUAUACCCUGGAAGAGAGACAAGUACAUUGAAUCUAGGGCUUUGAAUGGAGAUCAAAUUUUAAUCCAUGGAUCAGAAAUGAUUGAUAAGUUAAUAAAUCAAACUUUAGUCAUAGAUUGUAUACAAGUACACAUCCAUUAUCAAAUGAGCACAAUUGCUGCACAAUACAGAGUGAGUGUAGUGGUAGAGUAUAGUUUGUCAUCAGAGCAGAUCUACUGGGGGAGACUUUGGUCUACUCUUCCAGUGCACUGCGCUCUGAUGUAAUGGUAAUCAAGACUGUCCUGGGGGAUAUAGUAGUGUGCCUGAGGUCAUCUUGGAGCAAGAUACCUUAAGUCCUUUUUAAAUCUCCUUCUGCUCCUAAAGCCUUAGUAUGCACUGCUCUGGCUCCUGAUGUCAGUGUGGCCCACUGACACACAUUCUCCCCCUCACUCCGCCUGGGCUGCCUGGCAGGUGGGCCUCUUUCUCUGCUGGAGGGUUUCUGAGGGCAUCAAACCGGACCGACUGGUGCUGCUACACAAAGCACUACCUAGAACAGGGCUGCCCAAUUCGGGUCCUGGAGGGCUGAAACACUUCCUCCAAAUCAGAGACUAAUUCAGACCUGGGACACCAGGUGUGUGCAGUUAACUACCAGGUAGAAACAAAAAAACGAAGACUUUCGGCCCUCCAGGAUCGGAAUUGGGCAGCACUGACUUAGAGAGAGAAGAGAUUCCUAGUCUGAUUGUUUAGCUCACUGGUUUAUGAAAAUGCCUAGUUUUGAAAAGAAAUGUUUUGUUAAAUGUCUAGAAUGUGGGUAGGCUUUAAGCUGAUUUGUGUCCAGGCUGUGCCCUGGUGUAACUUCAUCCAGGGAGAGCAGCAGGGAGGGAGGGAGGAGUAAGGUGAUCCCCAGUGUAGACGCCACACGUGGAGCCUAAUGAGUUAAUCAGCGACUACGCUUCACCAACAGACCCAGGAAUAUAGAGCACAUACACACUGACGUACACACCCCACAUGGACUGAACACACUACAGUAUAGCCAGCAAAGACAUUCACACGUCAGGCCUCAGCGGUCUUCUAGUAAACACGUUUUAGUUUUUUUUUAUGGGAAUGGGGUGCUCUAGACAGGGUGCGAGGAAGAGAGCUGGUGUUCUAUACCAUGUGUUGAGAGUGUCAAUAGCGUCGUCAGGAAUUAUCAUAUCAAUGCUUUGACUUAACAGCUGGCCACCUUUACCUCAAAUGAUCUCAACUUCGAGUUGCAGUUACAUAUCAUUUAUUAAAGAGUUAUCUCCCUUAAGCCAUACCUGUACUACCUAUCCACUAAAGCCAUGAGAUUCAACAUUAGUUCACCUCUCGCCAGGAAAAUCACAUUUUCCAUGCCAACCUCAGAGUAUAGCAUAGAGCUGACUGUUAUUUCUCCCCUCAGCUGACAAGACUGUUCUGGACUCCAGUCCGUUCCUAUCAGAGGCUAACGCAGAGCGGAUCGUCAGGACACUGUGUAAGGUCCGUGGCGCUGCACUCAAACUGGGACAGAUGCUCAGCAUUCAAGGUGAGAACUGGCUUACUUUGGGAUCCUUAUUGUAAUACACACCUCCAGUAGCACCUUCUCUGUUCUCAAAACAUUGUCUCUCUUUUCGACCCCAGUCACCCCUCUAUGCUGCUCUGUUCCCUAUGGUUAUUUGUUGUGUGUGUGUGUGUUUGUGUCUUUGCCAUACCGUCUUUUUACUGCCCACUUCAGCAAUGUCUACUGUGCUGCAGCAUGGCAGGUGUCACGGUUUCGGCCGAGGCUGCCUCUCUUCCUUGCUCGGGCAGGCUUCGGCGGUCGUCGUCUCCGGAGUACUAGCUGCCACCGUUGUAUGUUUCGAUGUUCGUUUGGUUUUGUCUUGAUGUUGUACACCUGUUAUCGUUUAGCGUUCAUUAUUGUCCUAUAAGUUCUCGUUGUGUUUGUCAUGUGUUGUGUGUGAUUGAACUUGCUGUCGUGUAUGUCUGUGCUUCGUUCUCUCCUCUGUGUUGGAGAGGUUCUCGCACGUGUUUGUGCGUUAUUGUUAUUUUGUUUGAUUUUACGCCUGUGUGCGUAAUCGCUCGUAUUCCAAGCUCUUUUGACUCGUUUUGAGUUUUGGUUCACUAAGUCUAUUGGACUAAGUUCCUGCGUCCUGCGCUUGAUUCCUGCACCACACCUUCACAGCACACCUUCUGACAGCAGGCUUCAUGACCCUUUCCCCUAGUGUCAGGGAAGCCAUGAGUCAUCUCCAUAACCUCCACUGGGCUGAUACUGUGAGGCUUUCCUCCAGCCUCUGUAGAUGACUAUGUGACAGAGACAGGAGUUAUUUCUGUCCCUCUCCCACCUUACUGGCAUCUAUUCAUGCAUCACCUAGUUCACCUCAGGUUGGGUCACAACAACACACAGCACUUUUAUUUCAAAUGCCCAUCCUUAAUUCCCAACUGCUCCAGCUAGCUGGUAUUCAGCGUCACAGGGCACAGCAUAAGAUUAAUGCAACUCAAUGCACUGGCAUUCUCCUGCCAUUGUCAUGUCAGUUGUGUGACACAUACCACAUGUACUACUGAGGGACAGCAACAGCCAAGGCAUAGCCAGGGUUCAAAAUAAGCCACCAGCCAUGACAGAACUGCAACCUUUGAGUUUUGAAGUGGCCGGUCUAUACCAAAGCUCCAUAAUCGCUGCUUGUUAGAAAACAACUGAUAUUUCCCUAUGUAAACAGAGGUGACUAAACUAGUGUCCUCUACUGUUUUUAGACAAAACUGUUUUUCAAACUGGCUUGGUAUUCUAGGAAGGUGUUGCAUACAGGUAGGUCUUAACUGUAUACAGAAGCUCAGUAAUAGAUUUAGUAGUAGAAUUUCAGUAGUUAUUGUCGUCAACCUGGGACAUACACUACCGGUCAAACGUUUUAGAACACCUACUCAUUCAAGGGUUUUUCUUUAUUUUUACUAUUUUCUACAUUGUAGAAUAACAGUGAAGACAUCAAAACUAUGAAAUAACACAUAUGGAAUCAUGUAGUAACCAAAAAAAUAUAUAUUUGAGAUUCUUAAAAUAGCCACCCUUUGCCUUGAUGACAGCUUUGCACACUCUUGGCAUUCUCUCAACCAGCUUCACCUGGAAUGCUUUUCCAACAGUCUUGAAGGAGUUCCCACAUACGCUGAGCACUUGUUGGCUGCUUUUCCUUCACUCUGUGGUCCGACUGCGAUACAAGUCAAUGUUAGGAUGGUGUUCUUAAUGUUUCGUACACUGUGUACAUUACACUUAUCCUUACAACGCAAUAACUUGGAGACACCAGUUAGACCCCUCACUCAAACCCUUGUAUACAUUAUUAUGUAAAUGAAUCAACCAGAGUAUUUGCAUGGUUUCGUUAUUGACAAAUGCUGCGAAACUACAGUAAAUGUGAAUGACACAUGGAAAUCAACAGCUGAACCAAUGUUUUGGAUUCACUCUUUGUCAGAUUAACUGUUUUGUCCUCACCUUUGGUCUGAUAAUUUCCUCAUGAACUCCAAAGGGUUCUCUUUAAAUUGCUACCAUGGCCAUGCAUAUGCUUUUCAUAUUUAUUCUGUUAGAUGUGUAGUUCCUACAUGCAUAAUCUAUGAGCAGAAUUACUUUCUUACCUCAAUUACCCACGAAAUCCCUAGUUUGAAAGUGACUGUUUUUCUGUACGCUGUGCUUCGUCAUUUUCCCCAACAUGGGCCAGCCCCCUAGCAAUUCGAGUUCUAGCCAAUGAGCUUCAGCCCCUCGCCAUUUGAGUGACAGCUAGCAAGAUGCACACUCAGCAGAGCGGAAGAGACCACAAUGACGUGGUACACAUCUGCACAUAUGUGACGCGUAUGCAAUUUUCGGGGACCACUUUUGGCUACGUUCAGAACGACUGGCUAAAAAGUAUACAAAAGUAACAGAAUCUCUUUAAUGAUUGGCUCAAUGGCUGUCUAAUCAUAACAGAUACAUGUGUCUGUUCCUCAGACAAGUCAAGAUAAACAUCCGUAAUUUAAAGUAAGACAGGUAAAAUCACCACUUAGGUAAUUCUCAGUUCAGAAAACAGGCCGAUGGAUGUGAUUCAGAGAAUAGAUUUUUGUUCUGCCGAACUAAGCCUAAAUACUGAGUAAAGUCACCCUCACUCACAAUCAGCCGGAUCGGGCAGGAAUCUCUUCCUCUGACCUCUGUGUUUUUUUUGGGGUCGAGUUAAUGUGUUUUCCUGCCGUUCUCCUCCGGUGCUUUUUCCCACUUGUUGUCGGAAUGUUUAUACUGUUGUAGAUCUUACCCACAAUGCCCUGCAGCGCAGCUCACACCGCUUUGUUUUGGUUAACAUGCACAGACAUCGCUGUUGCUAUAACAAAUCUGAGGGACCUUUUACGGCAUUACCAGCUUCAGUUAUGUGAAGGUGGUUGCUGUGCCAAACGUCUUGGCCUCCCAGAGACAUUUAGUGAACACUGGCAAGGACCUGUGAACUGUGAAGAACUCUAUCUAAAUUCCCAGAGGUUCCAAUGGCUUAGAUUUUAUUUAUAUUGAUUGGUCAUUUUGAACUGAACAAGACAUUUUGAUUAAGACCUGUAAUUUCCUUCCUGUGUUGGUGCAUAGUGUAAUGCACAGGUUGACAGACAGGAACAAGACAGCUUGUCUCCUCAUGUUUUGUUUUGACUGUUGUGCGUCAAUCAGCCUGAUCAGUCAUUCACCUCCAUCUCCCGCUCUUCUGUGUUUCAGAUGAUGCCUUCAUCAACCCCCAGCUGGCCAAGAUAUUUGAGCGUGUGAGACAGAGUGCAGACUUCAUGCCCAUCAAGCAGAUGACGGUAAUGUCUCACCUUUAAUAACCUGCCCUUAAGUACCCUCGUCACUAGCCCUUUAGCCCCUGGCUAUAAAGGGGAGUACUAGAAAACAAAUGAGUACCAAGCUGCUCUUUUGAGUCAUGAAUUAGUCAGUCAGUCAGUCCGUCAUGACGACAAUGAAAGUGAAUAAAGAUACCUAUCAGAUCUGUUGUAACCCCAGUCUUCUAAUAAGUGUCGUGACGUAACUUACUUGAAUGUAUGACUGUUAUUUAUCGAAUCACCUAACUAUGUUUAAUUGUCACUCGAUUAAAUUAAUCAUGUAACAAUGAACUCAUCAGGAAUUUGGGGCACCACGGAAGAAAUUGUUUAACGAGUUACCAUCUCCCGAAUGAAACUCUUAGAAGAUAUAUAUGUUAUAUAUCGAUAAAUCACUUAUCAAAUAAUUACCUCUUAUCAGUCUCAUUCUGAACGUCGCAUAAUCCUUGAACCUGCAAGAACCCUAACCUUAUUGAUGAAUAACAGCAAUAAACAAAUUGGCUUAAUUAUUUAUUAACUAACUAAAUAAUAACACAAUACAAACACACACACAGGUUAUUGAUUACUAAUGUAAUACAAUGAAAACAAACAAUAGCAUGAAUGCUUGGGUAGAAGGAGGGUCUGAGUGGAAGGCAGAGACAGAUUCAAACUAUUGUGGUUACUUUGGAAAAUACGCUACACAAAUGCUUAAAACCCCACUAAAUGCUCAUUUGGAUUAGAAAUGCAACAUGUAUUUAUGUGUAGCUGUCCUCCAUAGUUGAGUUGAUGAUGUAGGACUCUGGUUUGCCCACCAGAGAUCCCAAUGUCCUUGGUAGAGUUUCUGGUCGUAGUUGUGGUUAGAAUGGAUACUUGUCAGAGAGGGAUUGUCCUUUCCAACUCCUGUCUUUAGUGAAAGUUCUCUAGACGACUAUACAUGCCAGCUGCAGACUGAGAUGAUAAGGUCUAGUGCAUUGUCUUCUUCACCUCGUGUAGAGGUUGAGAGUUUCAGAAUUUCUCAAUUUCAACGUCUGACGUUUUCUGGUCUAACCAUUUUAUAACGUUUAGCUCAAGCUUCACGUCUGCUGGUCUUGUAGAGUGUCAACCCUUUUAAGCCUUGGGCUUCCUGGUCUAAUGUUAAAAUGUUUUUCAAGGCUUUUUAUGCACUCGGGGUAAAAGGGGCGUUCCAUCAUGUUUGUGCUCAUCUGGGCGUGGCCACUGACUGAGAACAAAUCAAUAUGGAAAACAAUCAUCUCAUCUAGAAUGCUAUAAUCACAUUGUUAUCUUCACAAAAGUAUUAUUAUACUUAUUAUACAUUCGUUUUAUACAACAAUUAGAUGUAAACCUCAUAACUGGGAAGUGUACACCCCCAGAGAUACAGUUAUGUUGUUCCACCGUCUUUAAUGACAUCACAACAUAAACUCAGCAAAAAAAGAAACAUCCUCUCACUGUCAACUGCGUUUAUUUUCAGCAAACUUAACAUGUGUAAAUAUUUGUAUGAACAUAACAAGAUUCAACAACUGAGACAUAAACUGAACAAGUUCCACAGACAUGUGACUAACAGAAAUUGAAUAAUGUGUCCCUGAACAAAGGGGGGGUCAAUAUCAGUCAGUAUCUGGUGUGGCCACCAGCUGCAUUAAGUACUGCAGUGCAUCUCCUCCACAUGGACUGCACCAGAUUUGCCAGUUCUUGCUGUGAGAUUUUACCCCACUCUUCCAUCAAGGCACCUGCAAGUUCCCUGACAUUUCUGGGGGGAAUGGCCCUAGCCCUCACCCUCCGAUCCAACAGGUCCCAGACGUGCUCAAUGGGAUUGAAAUCCGGGCUCUUCGCUGGCCAUGGCAGAACACUUACAUUCCUGUCUUGCAGGAAAUCAUGCACAGAAUGAGCAGUAUGGCUGGUGGCAUUGUCAUGCUGGAGGGUCAUGUCAGGAUGAGCCUGCAAGAAGGGUACCACAUGAGGGAGGAGGAUGUCAUCCCUGUAACGCACAGCGUUGAGAUUGUCUGCAAUGACAAAGCUCAGUCCGAUGAUGCUGUGACACACCGCCCCAGACCAUGACGGACCCUCCACCUCCAAAUCGAUCCCGCUCCAGAGUACAGGCCUCGGUGUAACGCUCAUUCCUUCGACGCUAAACGCAAAUCCGACAUCACCCCUGGUGAGACAAAACCACAACUCGUCAGUGAAGAGCACUUUUUGCCAGUCCUGUCUGGUCCAGCGAUGGUGGGUUUGUGCCCAUAGGCGAAGUUGUUGCCGGCGAUGUCUUACAACAGGCCUACAAGCCCUCAGUCCAGCCUCUCUCAGCCUAUUGCGGACAGCCUGAGCACUGAUGGAGGGAUUGUGCGUUCCUGGUGUAACUCGGGCAGUUGUUGUUGCCAUCCUGUACCAGUCCCGCAGGUGUGAUGUUCGGAUGUACUGAUCCUGUGCAGGUGUUGUUACACGUGUUCUGCCACUGCGAGGACGAUCAGCUGUCCGUCCUGUCUCCCUGUAGCACUGUCUUAGGCGUCUCACAGUACGGACAUUGCAAUUUAUUGCCCUGGCCACAUCUGCAGUCCUCAUGCCUCCUUGCAGCAAGCCUAAGGCACGUUUACGCAGAUGAGCAGGGACCCUGGGCAUCUUUCUUUUGGUGUUUUUUGGAGUCAGUAGAAAGGCCUCUUUAGUGUCCUAAGUUUUCAUAACUGUGACCUUAAUUGCCUACCAUCUGUAAGCUGUUAGUGUCUUAACGACCGUUCCACAGGUGCAUGUUCAUUAAUUGUUUAUGGUUCAUUGAACAAGCAUGGGAAGCAGUGUUUAAACCCUUUACAAUGAAGAUCUGUGAAGUUAUUUGUUUUUUUACGAAUUAUCUUUGAAAGACCGGGUCCUGAAGAAAAAGGGACAUUUCUUUUUUUGCUGAGUUUAGUAACGAAUUUGACAUGAUUGUUCUUUAAGUCCCUACCGACCAUUUCCCACAUUAUUUUAUACAAAUGUUGUUUCAUUAUCCACUUUUGGAUGUUGGAGUCUUGGCAGGAAGACUUCCUUUGUUAAAAGGUUUUUUUUCUCCCAAUACUUCAUGGCAAGGAAGAGCGAGUGGUAUUUACGACCGGUCAUAAAACUGGCCCCGGGAAAGGGGGUGUUCAAACCUUUGCCUAGCCGGCAUGUUUGAUCCUCAACCCAUGAGGGCAAGUCAUGACAUAAGGUACCAUCGUUGAAGGCUAUAAGCCCAUCGCAGUGAUACCUAAUGGCAGCUCCCUCAACAGUGUAUCUGUGUGUAUGUGUCCUUUUCCCUGUGUAGAAAUCCAUCAACAACGACCUUGGCCCUAACUGGAGGGACAAGCUGGAUUCGUUUGAGGAGCGGCCGUUUGCUGCGGCCUCCAUCGGACAGGUCCAUCUGGCUAAGAUGAAGGAUGGCAGGGAGGUGGCCAUGAAGAUCCAGGUGAGAUGGAGACCUGGGAGUUAUUCAGCAGGAUGCAGUGUUCUACACGAUGACAGACCAAUAUAUUUCUAUAUCUGAACAUUCUGUAAUGUUGCACCCUCCUGAACAAACCUCUGGUAUGAGUAGGAGUUCAGUUACAUCACAGUAUAGGUAUUUUAUAUCCUCUGUUUUUACAUUAAAGGCCUCAUCUGCUACAGUGAUGUAAUAGUCCAAAGUGUAGAAAUUACCAAUGUUGAAUGAGAGAGAACUAAUGUCAGCAAUGACCACAAGCAUUAGCUCCACAAUCUGAUUGUUUUUCUGCUGUUCUCAUGGCUCCAUUUAAGGCAAUGCUCGUCUUUCCUUGAAGAGAUAAAAGAAGUCUGUAGCUUUUAUUCAUGACCUUUUGAAGCACAUGGGAAUGUGUUGUGUAUCAACUCCAUAUUGUUUAUCUUAAAAUACUUUAGAGUAAGCUCUGUUGUCAUAAACUGUAGAGAUUUAUCUCCAAAAUUGUAUAUAGACAUGGCUCUUAGUGCUUUUCAGAAGUUUAAAUUACCGUCUCCAUUUCCCUCAUUAUGGCAGUGUUUUGUUUUCACGUCAGAGCUUGUCGUCAGGGCUGGUUUUUGGUGUCAGAGUCAAACUGGUAAACACGGUUGUUUUGUCAUGCUGUUUCUCCUGCUCCGUUUGUCCCAUGCAGUACCCCGGAGUGGCUAAAAGCAUCGACAGUGACGUCAACAACCUGAUGACUCUCCUCACCAUGAGCAACGCACUGCCUGAAGGUGACUAUCCCUGAACGGAUUUCAGAUUUGUUUUGUAGAAUUCAAUUUUUUAUUUUAUGGUUUUUAUUUGUAGCAUGACGUAGUAAUCACAUUUAUGACCUAGCGUAAAUCACACAUGCAGCACAACAUAACGUGGAGAAUAUACUGCCCCCCUCCCUGUAAGCACACACUCUGAUCCUGCCCUGAUCCUGUUCGCACACACAUACAGGACUCUAUUUUAACAACCCUAACGCAAUGGUAAAUCUAAGAGCAGGCGGUAGCGCAAUAGGUUCGGGGUGUGUCAGAAAUAUUUUUGCUAUUUUCACAACCAGAAUUAUGGAAGCAGUAGCUGGCGGUGGCGGCGAAAUGACUGGGUUUUGAUGAAUAAACAAGUUGAAGGCGUGUUGAGGCUUGACCCCUCACUGGCCAAUCAGAACGUACUCCAUGGCUAAAUAUGUGGUUGCUUCAAGUCGUGUACUUACGGUCUUAUAUGUAUUACGUUGUCAUCGACUCCAAUUCGAAUGUUAGUCCAUUAUAGCCUAGUUUGUUAAAUAGCCUACAGAAACAAAAUAUAAAAAUCUAGCCUUAUCCCAUAUUUGCUAAAUAUGCAUGGCUUAAAAAUGGGAAUAUAUUGUUAACAUAGCAUUCGCACUGACAUGGGCCUACUGUAUUAUGCAUUAUGUCUGAGCCAUGGGCAUGCCAAACGUUGUCAAUAAGCAAGAUUAAAUUCCCUAUUGAUAAGACCUAAAAAGACAGUUAAUCAUUUGAAUCAAAUUCUAAUAAAAUUAAACAACAAAUAGCCUUUGUCUAAAUACCGUUACAGUUACCAUAAUUGCUCCCCGUGGGCAUAUUAGACCUAAGACAAUGUAGACUAUAGAGGGUUUAACGCACAUCCAAACUUUUCACAGGAGCUGGAAAAAUAUCCAAUAUAAAGAGAAAGGGGGAAUGUCCAUUCACCAUUACUGCUCCCCCAAAUAUAUGUAGCUAUAGCCUACCAUCGCCGUUGAUAUGACCGUGAAAGGUAAACAAAAAAACGGGCAAACAUAGUCUACAAGCGGAUUCAGCACCACAGACAGCGAUCGGAUUUCCCGCAAUUUGACAGUUAGGUCCAACAGAGGAAAGUUGAAGAUGCAUAAAAUAAGAAGGUUCACGAAAAACAAUAAGAAGUCUUUUUAAACAUUGGUGAUGGACAUAAGACUACUAUGUGCACCUCCGCUGGUAAAAAUCAAUGCCAUAACAUAUUGUGUUACCGCUAAGACCAGCUUUCGGUCCUUCUUAAAUAUCCCUAGUUGCGCAGACUUAUAUUGGCACACGUUUUUAAGGACACACCUCAAAUAUUUCCCCACCUCAGCGCAAGCAAACUGAUGUUAGACAGGUAAAUUGCAGAACCUGGUGUAAGGGGUGGAAAAUGCCAGUGCGCCACUUUUUACAUGACGAAAUUAUAAACUAACGUGCGUUUGACACUUGUGCCUCCUUACCGCCAGACGAAAAUAGAGCCCACAAUGUCAUAGAUAGCAGAGUCACCCAGCAGAUGAUCAAUGAUGGUGUCCAAUACCCAUCAGUCUGGGCCUCCACUGAGUCUGUACUCUGGGAAUGAUCCAAGCACACAUCCCUCUCUACAUGAGACCUCAGUCAACCAUAAUCAAUCUGUUUCUCUGUCUCUCUCUCGCUCUUUCUCCCUCUGUUAACAUCUUGUGCAGGUCUCUUCCCUGAGCAUCUGAUUGAGGUGAUGAGCAGAGAGCUGGCACUGGAAUGUGAUUACAUAAGAGAGGCCAAAUGUGCCAAGAAAUUCCAGUGAGUGAUCAAAACAACCUGAUGAGCUUCCUCUUAAAGACCACCUCCCCGUAACUACUUUCAUCAUCUAAUCGUCACUGCAAGCUCCAGAAAUGAAAUGAAGGGGGAAAGAUUGCUUUAUCUUUUGGAUGAAGUUGGAUGUAGCCAAGCAAUAGGAAUUUGUGAUGCCUCAAGCUGUGGCUUUUUAUUGAGCACUUAGUAAAUACAUCUCUCCCAAGGGGGCCAAGGUAAAUCUCUUAAACACAGUGCCUUUUCUAGAUCAUGGUGGGAGGACACCACAACAUAUCAUUGUAUGACUCCAGAUCAGGAAAUGUACUGUAGCCUGUAGGGUCUAAGAAUAGCCACUCUAGCCCUCUGGGGAGCGUUGGGUUUGAUGACUUGAUAUAAAUGUGCACCAUUCGCCUGCAGCCAGCAUUUAAAUAUAGCUGAUCUGGACAUAAUACAAGAAGACAACAAGCACCCCCUCCCCAUGCCAUCUCCUCAUGCCCCCCCGUCCCCGCGCCAUCAUCCCCGGGUCUGUUGACAGGAAGGCAGGGUGAGAGAUAUGGUUUAUGUCCAGAGAGGAGGCUCCUGUUACACACGGUACGCACCAGCUGUGGAUGACAUGCUUUUUCACCUUGACCAUGGCCGGUGACACGCUCCCUUCUAUACAUGUUCAUACAGUAUGUGGUUCCCCCUUCCAUUAAACAGGGAUUUCUACAGCCCCAAGCACAUGGAGUUAGAGUGUAGACAUUGGAGGAUUAUUUGAGGGAUUGUGGAGAUGCAAAUAGUUUUUGUUGAGGUCACUCACUGAUAAAUCUGUGGAGUUUGAAGAGAAGAUCAUACCGCGUUAUUUUAAGUUCAUACAGUAACAUAAUGCUAUUUGAAAAGAAUGGAAAUAUCCUGUGAACUGUCAUGACAUAAAUAAUGUACAUAUACUCCCAUUUAAUCUUAAGUGCUGACUUGUCCAGCUAUAGUUUUCAGAGCUGUGUGUUGUGGUGUUCAGGCGUCUGAUGAGUAUUAUGUGAUUGGUACAGGGAGCUGCUGAAAGACCACCCGUUCUUCUACGUACCAGACGUAAUAGACGAGCUGAGCAGCAACGCCGUCCUCACCACAGAGCUGGUCCCCGGCUUCCCUCUGGACCAGGCUGAACAACUCUCCCAGGAACUCAAAAACGAGGUCAGUAUAUGCUGCAACUGUGUUCAAUAACAAAUACAUUAACAAAGGCCACCAUUGUGUAUUUUGGUACUUACUACAUACUUACUUAUUGUACAGUGUGUCAAUGUGGAUUUAGAUGUGUGUUUUCUGCUUGCCAAGCUUGAUUUGAUGUGUAAAACAAACGCCACUACAACAACCUAAUUUCUGUCACCUCACCCACCAAAACACCUGCUACAGUGUAUUACUGCCACUUGGUGGUGAAAUUGCAGACUGAAAGAUGUGUGAUCUUUAAGUAUCUUUCUCUCUCUCUGCCUCUGUCUCUAUGUGUGUGUCAGAUCUGUGAGAAUAUCCUGAAACUUUGUUUAAGGGAGCUGUUUGAGUUCAGAUACAUGCAGACUGACCCCAACUGGUCCAACUUCUUCUACGACCCACAGACACACAGAGUGAGUCUCCCUUUUAACUCUUGUUAUCAACUUCAUCAUUAGUCCUGUAACUAAUUUUGAUGACCUUCCUAAAGGUUGUCUCUGUUUAAAUGGAUCUUCCGUCUUCUUGGUGUCUUCUGUAGAGCAUGCUAAUCCUAUACAGUAGCACGAUGUUGCUGAAUGCUUAGAAUGACUAAACAUUACUACUGUUCCAUCCAUAGGUUGCGUUGUUGGAUUUCGGAGCCACAAGAGGAUUUAGUGAGGACUUCACUGACAUUUACAUUGAGGUAAGAUAUUAGACUUUAUCCCACAACAAAACAUAACAGAUCAAAAUGAUUUAUUCGAUGUGUGUGGCGUUCAUUGUGUUUUAAUCAGCUCAUCAAGUCAGCAGCAGAGGGAGACAGAGAGGGGGUUCGGAAGAGAUCAGUAGACAUGAAGUUCCUCACAGGUUAUGAGUCAAAGGUGAGUCACAUCAUUCGUUCUGAACAUAUGAGUCAACAAUGCCACAUACUAGUUUAUUUAGUCGUAGACAAUGAAUUGAAAAGGCUCUCCAUUACUCCAUGGCAUAAACUGAGUAGUGAAUACCCAUAACUUAAUUACAAUGGCUCCCCCUGAACCCACUAAAACACAAACACAUACAGGUUAUUACUCUCUCUGAUUAUGUUCUGCCCGUCCCUCAGUCCAUGGUGAAUGCCCAUGUGGACGCGGUGAUGAUCCUGGGCGAGGCCUUUGCCUCCACGGAGCCCUUUAACUUCGGAGCCCAGAGCACCACGGAGCGCAUCCACAACCUGAUCCCUGUGAUGCUGAAGCAGCGCCUCACCCCGCCCCCCGAGGAGACCUACUCCCUCCACCGCAAGAUGGGCGGCUCCUUCCUCAUCUGCUCCCGCCUUGACGCCAAGCUCGGCUGCAAGAACAUGUUCCAGGAGGCCUAUAACAACUACUGGAGGGACCGCCCCAACCGACCAAGCCAGUGACGGACACCGCAGAGGGUCAAUCGCAGGGCUACAGCAGCAGGGUUAGAGAGGAUGUGUGGACUAUAAGGGGAGGGAUAUUGACCCUAGCCAGACUUGCUCUGCUGUUAAUGUAAUGUAUAUGGAUGGCAUUUUUUUCCUCGUCCCUCCCCCGAACCAGAAUCUGUGUUUAUGUAUGUGUGUGUGUGUGUGUGUGUGUAUGUAUAUGUAUAUUUUUUUUGUGUGUGUGUGCGUGUGUUAUUAGGAGUAUAUUAACCAUGGCUGUCCAGUUAACAUAUUCACAAGAUGUAUCAGAUGGUUGGUUGUAUAGGUUGAGUUAACUGGGAUAAAUGCCAUGAUGUGUGUCUGAGAGAGAAUUGUAAAGCUAUUGUGAAAUCAAGACAGUUGGUUUCUUGUGACGUGGGGAUAUGAUACUGUCUAAUGGGCAUAAAACCAGUGGUCAUGAUGAGACAAGUUAAAUAUGUUGAAGAACAGAUAAUAUACUGUUAAUGACCCAUAUUCUCCAGCAUGUGGCAGUAGUUCUAAUGUCCUAUGAGGACAAAACAAAUGAUAAUAUGAUGCAUACAGAAGUCUAAAAGGACGUUUUUCAAGUUUUUAGUCGCACUUA